GGAGCACGAGUACCUUGGUGAUGAGUUUCAUCCGCGUCCGUUGACACCUUUAGGACCAUCUUCUUCCACGGCACUUCUGCAUAAACCAGCAGGAGACGAAGGCAUUGCGACCCUCGACUUUGACACGCAAAUAAAAGCAGGAAAUGUGAGUACAAGCAGCACCGUCGAUCGGCCCACUUCAAAGUCGCGGCAUGUUGCAGCUGCUAGUAGUACAAUCAUAGAUGACAACUACACGGGUCAUGUAAAUCGCCAAUUUAAUAUUCGCGAACAACAACAUUUUACAGCGAGCAGCUCGUCCACCUCGCCCCACCAGCAGAUGGGCUACACGGAACCACCCAUGACCCUCCCAAUCCAACCGGCGGCUUUGGACGCGAUCGUUUCCCCCGGCGGCAGCAGCCACUUCGAUAAGACGCAGUUUUUUGAAGAUAACCAGGUUCCACUCAACGACGGAGAGACGCCCGCUUUUGAUCAUUUUCAAGGAGCGAUUGGUGCUCCUGGGGAGAAAUCUACUUCGCAAGAAAAUUCCAAGUCGGACACGAUUCAGAGUAACAGCAAGUCGGACGCCAGUUCUACUUCGAAGUCCGUUUCUGGAGGAGUAUCCACGGCAAAUAUGUCUGGGUACUUAUCCUGGAAAUUUCUGAUGCAGGUCGGUGAGUAAUCAGCUCACUGCAAUAGAUUUUUGGUCCCCUGCGUGUUGCGUAUUUCGCAUGGCAGGCUCGGUUUUUGCAGGACAGAUAAGAGGAUCUUUAUCUCGCGCCUCAGCAUCACAGAGUUAGUAGUCAUGCCCGACAAGCAUGACAAAUCUUGCAAUCGUCCAGACCCAGACCUAUUGGCAAGGCAUAAGGAGACACCGUGCUCAAAUCGCCAAACCUGGUUUUGACCCCGAUGGAAACUACUAUCAACUGCAAAUAUGUCUUGGUCUGGAAGAGUGCGCGUUUGUCAUGCUUGUCUGGCAUGACUCUUAAAUCUGUCAUGCGCGUUUUUACUCAAGAGCCCCAUUUUUGUGGCAUGCAGAAACGCAGUCUGUCAUGCAGAAUAGGCAACACCUACAAGCUCAGAAACUUGUCAUGCUGAGCCAGCACUUGCGGUCUCCUCAUGAUACGCCCCCCCAGCAUCACAAGUUUCCUGACCCAGACAUAUUUGCAUUUGAUAACUACAACGAGGAACCCAUUUGGGGAAAUUGGGGUCGCGGCGGCUGGAGCGUCGUCGUCGUCGUCGAUUAAUAUAAUUCCUCAGGAUCAAGAAGAACAAGAGGAGAAUUGUACCUCUACCGGUCCAUUGCGAGAAGAACAGCAGGAAGUAGAACUUCUCUACCAAGAAAACGUCGAAAUGAGCGACGAGAAUGUGUAUGACCUCGUUUAUCAGGAUGAAUACGGAGAUGAGUACAUUUACCAAGAACUACAAGAGGACGGCGAAGUGCUAGAUCACACGGGCAGCUACAUGAAUUUCGACUCCGGUGAAACAGACACGACGAUCUUCCCUGAAGGCCUAGAGGUUGCGGGAGCUGCCACGACCUAUGGCAAUGCCGUUUCAUCUGAAGACUAUCAUCACCAUGAUGAUCAUUUUCUUGACCACGAUGAAGCAGACAACGGAUUCUAUGACAAAGUAGAUGACCAAGAACAGCUUAUUUCUCCAAGAGCGAAGACGCUGGAUUACUGGGCCACGGUAAAUCCGAUGAAGAUCAACACGAACAAAACCUCCAUCCCCCUCGCCGAUUUCUACGUGAACAACGAAACGUUUGGCGUGAUUUGCACGGAAGAGACAGAAAGGGCGUUUGCGGAGGAAUUUGGGGGCAAGACAUUGUCGUUGUUGGAGAUGCUGGCGGCCUUGUCUUGUGCGGACGAGGAAAGGUGGGCGGAAUUGAUUGAUGAGGAGUUGUAUGAGGAGCAUUUGCUGGACAGAAACAAGAAAUUAUUCGGUAUCGGGAGCGACGUGGUUGGUGGAAUAAGUCAAGCAGAGAACAAGGAACACCGGCACCUCGUACUUGGCACCGGCGCUGAAGACGAGUUCCUCACGACUACGCGAGGAGAAAAAAGACAGAACACGAACCAGGCUGCUCGUGGUGAAGAAGAAAGUGACCAUUCUAGCACCUCGAGUGACACUAGUUCCGACGCGACGACGAGCGAAGUUGAGAACAACGGUGAAGAUGGUGCCAGCCCGGAUAGAAGAAGUGGACAAAAAAUGUCAGUGGAGGACGGGGGAAAGAGUGGACAACAAGAAGCAGAUAGGAGCGUUUAUUCUUCUAGCGGGAUGAUGAAAACGAAAACCACAACCAGUAGCACAAAACAAGGAAGCAAGAAAUUACAAUCAAGUCCGACGCACCACAACACGGAGGAAAGGACUUUGUUAGAGCGGCGCAUCGUUCGGUGGCUGUACCAGCGGAAGAUCAUAAAGUGCUACAGAAACGCGCGGCUGGACCUGUCGCAGUACGGGGUAUCCAGUGCAAAUAUGCCUGGGUCUGGACGAAUGCAAGUUUGUCAUGCUUGUCUCACAUGCCCCUCAAAUCUGUAAUGCAGGAGCAGGGAAAUAAAAGUCUAGUAAGCAGUGCCUGUCAUGGAAAAAUGCAGUUUGCCAUGCGCAAAGCGAAACACAUAAAAUCUCAGAAACUUGUCAUGCGUAGCUGCGUAUUGCAAUGUGUCCACCAUUCACAAACUCGCAUCACAAGUUUCCAGACCCAGUCAUGCUUGCAUUUGAUACGGGGGCAUGUUUGACUAUUUCGACGAGGAGAAGCACAUCUGGGAAAAUUUGAUCCCGUUCACCUGCGAAGGCUUUUUCGAGGAAACCAGGGGCGGGUGAGGGGAGGUGGUGUGGUGGUGUGAGGAGUUGGGUGAGGUCGUUGGGUGAGGAGUUUAGUUAGUAGUUUUAACUCUUUAUUGGAAAUUGUAAGAGUGAACCAAUUGCUAUUGCUGUUGAAUUGAACCCGUCAGCAAAGUUUGUCGGAUUUGUGAACAACAGCACAGGAUGCCGUGACAGCCACUGUGUCGCCGACUGGGAACGUCGUUAGUGACGUUGUGAACUGCAAGGAUAGUCCUGCUUUUAAGAGAUGAAAUAAUAGGGCGAAAGCUGGAACAGAAAC